UCCUCCUCUGCAGCUGCCAGACCAGUUCCUGCUGCUGCUCAGGGAGAGCAUCUGGGAAGUACCUUGCUGACCACUGAGAACAUCAUGAGCUCAAGCUAUUGGAGUGAGAUGAGCAGCAGCAUCUGUGGAACUCCACAGCCCCCAGAGGUGCUACAGUGCCAGCCCCAGCAUUGCCACUGCUACCAUCAGUCAAGCCAAACCCAGCACCCACCAGAAAAAAAUGUAGUGUACGAGAGAGUGAGGACCUACAGUGGGCCCAUGAACAAGGUGGUUCAGGCCUUGGACCCCAUCACCUCACAGGAAGUGCUCUCUCCUCUCAAAACUGCCUCCUCCUACCAAAAUUUGGUUUGGAGCAACCAUUCUCAGAGCCUCACUUUUUGGCAGAGCAAAUGGUUAAGAAGAGGAAAAAGACGAAAAAUGACCUUCCUCAAUCAAAAUGGAUCUUUCUUUCUUUUGGGAAAGAAUCCUCCCAUCUCUCACAAAAUAAAAUCAAUUAUUUGCUUCAGCUGUGGAAAGCAACAGAUUAAAUUAGGUUACAAAGUAACAGAGUGGGAACAGAAACUGAACGAUGCCCAUAUGGAAAGAUACAUUUGCAAAUUAAGGACAAUUGAGGAUGUAGGUGAUUUAGGAUCCAGAGACUCAUCUACAUACCGACUUCCCCCCAACAUCCCCUGCGACAGUGAACCACUUCCUCCAUUCCUAAGAGGAGGCCAUUUCUUCCCAGGAAACAAUGUUAUUUAUGAAAAAACAAUAAGAAAAGUAGAGAAGCUAAAUAUGGAUCAGGAAUGCUAUCCACAGGUCCAAUGUCAUCAUCACAUUGUCCAACAGCCCCAGAUCAUCCACUCUCCACACUGUCAACAAUCCCAUUCUAGCCAACAAAUCGAAACCAUCACAAGAAGUGAUUCGAUUUCUACAAACACUGGAAAAGAACUGUGCCAUGGGGGAUCAAGCCAUAUACAUGAUCAGGUGAUAAUUCAAGAUGAUGGCCCUGAAAAGUUGGACCCCAAAUAUUUUGGAGAGUUACUUGCGGAUUUAAGCCGUAAAAAUACAGAUCUAUAUUAUUGCUUAUUAGAACAUUUGCAGAGAAUUGGAGGAAGCAAAGAGGACUUUGAGUCCACAGCUGAGUCAGAAGACAUUGAAUCCUUGAUUCCUAAAGGAUUGUCAGAGUUUACAAAACAGCAAAUUCGCUAUAUUCUGCAGAUGAGGGGUAUGUCUGAUAAAUCACUCCGGCUAGUGCUGUCCACAUUCAGCAACUUACGGGAGGAGCUUGGACAUCUUCAAAAUGACUUGACAUCACUGGAAAAUGACAAGAUAAGCCUUGAGAAAGAUGUGGAAUUCAAAGAAAAUCAAAUAAAAGAGUAUGAAGAACUCUUGGCAUCAGUGAGAGCAAAUAAUCGCCAGCAGCAGCAAGGACUUCAAGACUCAACCUCAAAAUGCCAAGUAUUGGAAGAAAACAAUCUAUCUCUUCGACAUACACUAUCAGACAUGGAAUAUAGACUCAAAGAACUGGAAUACUGCAAGCGUAAUUUAGAACAAGAGAAUAAAAAUCUUAGAAUACAGGUUUCUGAGACUUGCACAGGCCCGAUGCUGCAGAUGAAAAUGGAUGAGAUUGGCAACCAUUACAUGGAGAUGGUAAAAAACUUAAGAAUGGAGAAAGAUAGAGAGAUCUGCAAGCUAAGGACUCAAUUAAAUCAGUACCAAAAAGAUGUUUCAAGAAGAGAAGGAAGUUGCAGUGACUUCCAGUUCAAGCUUCAUGAACUGACAAGCUUGCUGGAAGAGAAGGAUUCCCUUAUAAACCGUCAGUCAGAGGAACUCUCAAAGUUGAGGCAAGAAAUGUAUUCAUCUCAUAAUCAACACUCCAGUGGUGGAAGGACUACUAUUACCACUAAAAAGUACAGGACACAAUAUCCAAUCCUAGGCCUCCUUUAUGAUGACUAUGAAUAUAUACCACCAGAUAGUGACACACAGACUAUUAUGAUUGAGAAAACAGAAGACAAAUGGACUUGUGUAAGUUCCCUUGUGUAUUUCUAA